AUGGCAUCAGAGGCAGCUAGUAAAGGCGCAGAAAAAUUGCAAGAAACAAAUGCGGAAAUUCAAGAGGUACACAUGCUAAGUCGUGGAAAGUUUUGGCGAAAGCAACAUGAGAGAGAUCGUAGACAAGGACAACGUACAUGGACUAGAAGGGGAAGAACAUUCGGCCGGCGAGCACAACAAAUACCGGGAGGCUCUGCUUGUUACCGUUGCGGGGAUUCAAGACACUUCGUGAAGGAUUGUAUGUAUAGGGAAAAUGUAGUAUGCCAUACGUGCGGUGAUAAAGGUCACACUACUAGAGUUUGUACGCAUAGAGCUGAAAAAAAAGAUGCAGAACAAAAGCCGCGAGUAGGUUACGUAAGUGAAUGUGGUAGUAGUAGUAGCUCCGAUGGUGAAAUGUCGCGAGAGUUGAGCCACAUGUAUAUUGAUAAUAAAAGAAGUCUGUACAGUCUGUAUGUACCCGGAAAAACUAGAGUCGAGUCUCAAUAUGUAACGGUCGAAAUAAAUAAAUCUAAAAUUAAAAUGGAAAUAGAUUCGGGCGCGGAACCAGCUAUAAUUCCAAAAGAAAUUAUAAAGAAAUGUUUUCCGAAAGAAACAAUGUAUGAGCCAGAUAUAGAAUUUAGGAACCAUGAUAAUACAGUCAAUAAGCCUGCAGGAAUGUUCAAAGGUGUAACUGUGAGUCUGAACAAUAAGAUAAUUAAAGCUGAUUUACAUGUAACUGAAUCGUCCGGGCCGCCGAUAAUAGGCAGAGCGUGGCUCAAAGCACUAGGAUUAUGGCCAUUAGUUAAAGACCUAGAUCUGCAUAUAGUUAAAAAUAAAAUUGAUGGUAAUGACAGGCUGAAUAAAAUCUUAGAAAAACAUGCUAAAUUUUUUGAAAAUUCUAAAGGAUCGUUCAAUAGGGCCAAGAUCAGGUUAGAAUUAAAGGAGGAUGCUAAACCGAUAUAUGAGUUAGCGCGAUCUGUACCUUUCGCUUUAAAGGAUAAAAUAGAGAAAGAAUUAGAUAGAUUGGUAGAAGAGAAAAUAUUGGAACCAGUAGAAAUGAGCGAAUGGGCUACCCCGAUCGUGCCGAUACUAAAACCGAAUGGAGAUAUUCGACUUUGUGGAGCUUUCAAUCAAAUGGAGGAAGUUUUGAAAAAUAUAAAUGGAGUCGCGGUGGUAGCAGACGACGUAGUGGUAACGGGAAGUGAUGAUGAGGAACAUUUGCAAAAUUUAGAUAUAGUAUUAACGAGUUUAGAAGAAUGCGGUUUGAAAGGACGAGUAAACAAAUGCGAAUUUUUCAAAGAUGAAGUUAAUUAUUUAGGAUAUAAGUUACGGGAUGACACUAUUACAGUAAAUGAAGAAAAGUAUAGAGCAAUAGUUGAUAUGAAAGAACCGGAAAAUCACAAAGAAUUACAGUUCUUAUUAGCAGUAGCACGCGAAACUACUGAAAACGAGACUCUAUCCAUCGUGAAGCGGAUGGUAAUAGAAGGAUGGCCUGACUGUAGUCUUAAAAGUUGGCCUAAUGAGUUGCAACCAUAUGCACUGCGUAAAGACGAAAUUCACGUCAAGAAAGAAUGUUUAAUGUGGGGACAGAGAGUUAUCGUCCCACCUAAAUUAAGAGAAAAGGUAAUCGAAAAAUUGCACGAAAGUCACUUUGAGAUAGUUAAAAUGAAGAGUUUGGCAAGGUCGGUGGUUUGGUGGCCUAAUAUAGAUAAAAAUUUAGAAGAUAAAUCUAAAUAUUGCAAAUGGUGUGUUGAAUCUAAAGACAAUCCAAUUAGAAUGGAAUUAACUCCAUGGCCAUGGCCAAGCCAACCUUGGCAAAGACUUCAUGCAGACUUUGCGGGGCCAUAUUUGGGGCAAACUUACCUUUUAGUCAUCGAUGCCUAUUCUAAGUGGCCUGAAAUUUUCAUUAUGAAAAAUAUAUCAGCAGAAGCAACGAUAGAAAAAUUCCGAGAAAUGUUUACAACGCAUGGGCUACCGAACCAUAUUGUAACUGAUUCAGGAACGCAGUUUACGAGCGACGAAUACAAAAAGUUUCUCAAGCAAUUAGGAAUAAAACAAGAUUUUUCAGCGCCGAAACACCCAGCGACAAAUGGAGCUGCGGAAAAUCUUGUAAAAACAUUUAAGCGUAAACUCGAAGCGAUUGUACAAAGCUCGAAAAACAACAAAACAUGCAACAACGAAUGA